UAGGUCCAUAACGCAUCACCCAGUUCUAUGUCAUCAAAUAAGUUUGUCUUAGGGAAAAUAAUAUAGAAAAGAAAAUGGCAUAUUGGGCAAGGAUCUUUGCACUUUUUGGAUUCUGUAUCUCUAAUUCUACAUGUCCAUACGUGGAUAUGAGUCAUGAAUUAUUUACCGGACUUCCACAGUACCCUGGAGACAACCCUUUCACAUUAAAAACCGUACAUAGAGGGCCUUUCCUGGAUAAUCCGUUUAUUAUCAUGUAUGACUUUGAGAUGCCAGAACAUAGUGGUUCACACAUAGACGCCCCAUACCACUUCUUUGAAUCGGGAUGGAAAGUGAACGAGAUUCCACUUGAACGCCUAGUUGGGCCAGCGGUUGUCCUUGAUAUUCGGGAAAAGGUGAACAAAACCCCAUCCGAUGAAGACACAACAGUAGAUAUCGCCGACGCCGAAGCAUGGGAGAGAAAAUAUGGUAGAAUUCCUAAUGGUGCUAUUGUUUUAAUGAACUCUGGCAAUGGUAAAAACUGGCCGAAUGUCACAGCGUAUAUUGGCACAGAAGAGCACGGCGAUAUCACGAAACUGCGAUUCGCGGGAUUCAGUCCAGAAUUGGCAGAAUGGCUUGUCAAAGAGCGUAAUAUCAUUGGUAUUGGCUCGGAUGCAUUGAGUUUUGACCGUGGGAGUUCGUAUGUGAAUUACAGCGUGCACAAUAUUAUAUCCCCACAAAAUAUUUGGGGCUUGGAAAAUGUUGCCAAUCUUGACCUGAUCCCUGAAGAUGGGGCUACAGUGUACGUCAUGCCAUUAAAGAUACGUGGCGGAUCAGGAAGUCCAGCUAGAAUCUUUGCUAAGUGGAACAAAAGGAAACUUCUGAAGCGGAGAGAGUCAAGGAAAUGAGUUAUCUGUUGAUGAAGUGGGAAUGGUCUUUGAUAUUUAAUCCAGUUGUAGUGGCUGAACAUGACGAAACUAAAAUUCAAGUCUGAUUUAUUCUUUUUGAAUGGUCUGAAUAUGCAAAUCAAUAAAUUCAAAACAGUUAUUUCUCAAAACAA